AUGAAAAGGGAGACAGUGCCUUCAUGGCUAGAAAUAUUACUUGCAACACAAUUCUUUGCAACUUGUGCAAACCAUCUUCUUGCUAGUCGCAACGAGUGUAACCUAUUUUGCACCCAGUGUGAGGCUAAACCAGCUGCUUUCUGCAACUACUGCCGUUCAAGCGAUCAUUCCACUCAUCGGGUAAUCCAGAUAAGGCGAUCAUCCUACCAUGAUGUUGUGAGGGUUUCAGAGAUUCAAAACAUCCUUGAUAUUAGUGAUGUGCAAACUUAUGUAAUCAAUAGUGCAAGGGUCGUAUUCUUGAAUGAGCGCCCACAACCGUGUGCUUCUAGUGUCCCCAUUUGUAAGGCACCUUUGUCAUCAACACAUAGCUGUGAGACAUGCAGUCGUGCUCUACUUGAUGUAUUUCGCUUCUGCUCUCUUGGAUGCAAUCUUAGAGGCUUAAAUAUGGAAAUGAGUACGCCAGCUAUGGUUGAAAACAGCCCUCAAUCCAGUGGUAAGGAUCAUGUGACUAGGAUCUAUGAUGUUGGUUCAAGUACUACAAGUGACAAAGAUAGCUGCAAUGACAAGAACAACGAAGAACCACCACCAAAAAGGGUUGCUCGUCACCGACGCAAGGGAAUUCCCCAACGUGCGCCAUUCUUCUAA